UGAUAUCGCUAUCCUUCCUGGUCUUGCAUGCUCUGCCGGUGGAAAACCAAGGAUCGCAACGAAAGUGGAAAUGGCCUUCUCCUGGUAUACUUCCUUCUCCCAUACUGCGCGAUCCAGAACUCAGGGAAUGUUGGACCCAUCUCAGAAAACCGCCGGGAUGCAUGUCAUCCAUCUACGAUUCAUCGGAGAAGGGGAAAUUGUUGCUGAGCUUAGAGUGCUGCGACGCUGUGAAGGCGCUCAGCAACCGUUGCUUCGAGAGAAUCUUUACGGCCAAGCCUUUCCAACCGGAGUUUUCACAGCAGGUUCAGGUUUUUUGUGCUUCCGUCCAUGGGAAUUCUCCUGCUUCCGCGCCAUCUUUCUAGGAUAUUGGUGGAAGAAAUUGAAAUGUAUGACCUUGACCCCUGUCUGUACAUCAAUACGGGUGCUCUUUGGGUCGUUGGCCAAGUUACAUCUUAGGGACUAGAGGUGAGUGGUCUAGCCGCGGCCAACAGUGAUUGCCUUGCCACCACCACUCAAGGCCGUCCAACCUGCAAUUUUGUUGCAGGCAAGAAGCUGAAGUGGCUGGAGCAGCCGAAAUUGACAGGUUCAGAGUCAUUCAAACUCUAUUUUGAGCGAUCUAUGCAUCUAAGGGCUUGAUGCUUGUCUGAGGCCUGGUUCAUCAUUCUUAGCUUGUUUGGUCAUCAAUUUAGACAAAUAGAGUAAAAGUGAGCCCUAUAUAUUUUCCUUUUAUGAAGAUUUGUGCUUGAUCAGUUAGGAAUUUUAUGAUCCCAGCAAUAGUUGAUGUUAGCGAAUCAAGCAAUUCUUCGGAAGAAUUGCCUUAUUGUAACUCAGUUUUAUGUGUAAAAGAACAUUUUAGUUUUGCAUAAAACAAAUGGUAACAAGCAAGCUUGGUUGUAUGAAGAGAACAAUGCUGCCCCUAAUAUGCGGACUGAAAAAGGACUGGGAAAGUGAAGAAUAAGAUUUUGCUAUAUGCAUUACCA